GCGCUGUGCAGAGCUGUCAGGAGACGCCGCUCGGUUAGAGAACGGGGAGUUCUUUCCUUCUGUGGGGAUUUUGUGUGGGGUGUCAUCGCUGUGUGUGCAGCCGAUAUGUUCUCUCGUUCCCGGUGUCUCACGCGCUCUGUCGGUCGCUCUAUCGCUGCUCUCCGACAGAGUAACAAUGUUCUAGCAAGACGAGCGGCUUCGGGCAUAUCGACUCCUCAGUGCGUCACCGUCAGGAACAAUCUGAAAUUUGAGACGAGGCCCAGUAUCUUCCAAAUCAGAUACUUCAAGACCACUGCGUCCCACAAGAAUGAAGUACUUACUAUCAACACACCAGCAUUUGCUGAGUCUGUCACAGAGGGGGAUGUGAGGUGGGAGAAAGCUGUGGGGGACACCGUCUCAGAAGAUGAGGUGGUUUGUGAAAUUGAGACUGAUAAGACGUCAGUGCAGGUGCCCUCUCCGGCUGCAGGAGUGAUCGAGGAGCUCCUGGUUCCUGAUGGAGGCAAAGUGGAGGGAGGCACUCCUCUAUUUAAACUAAGAAAAGGAGCCGGCGCUCCCAAGGCAGCCGCUGCCCCCGCUCCAGCAGCCGAGGCCCCAGCAGCUGCGGCUCCUCCGCCUCCUCCGCCUCCACCUCCUACUGCUGCUACGGUGGGGUCCAUCCCAACCACCAUGCCCCCAGUACCACCCGUGCCAGCACAGCCUGCCACUUCCAAACCAGUUUCAGCCAUCAAGCCCACUGCAGCUCCUGCUGCCCCUGCUGCAGGCGCUGGAGCAAAGGGCGUGCGCUCUGAGCACAGGGUUAAGAUGAAUCGUAUGAGGCUGAGGAUUGCUCAGAGGCUUAAAGAAGCUCAGGACACCUGUGCCAUGUUGACGACUUUCAAUGAGGUGGACAUGAGCAACAUCACAGAGAUGAGAAAGGUCUACAAAGAUGCUUUCCUCAAGAAGCACGGCAUCAAACUGGGCUUCAUGUCUGCUUUUGUGAAAGCAGCUGCCUAUGCUUUGGUAGACCAGCCAUCAGUCAACGCAGUGAUUGAUGACACAACCAAAGAGAUUGUGUACCGAGAUUAUGUGGACAUCAGUGUGGCAGUAGCGACACCAAAGGGAUUAGUGGUGCCAGUAAUUAGAGGUGUGGAAGGAAUGAACUUUACAGACAUUGAAAGAACUAUAAAUGAGCUGGGAGAAAAGGCACGUAAGAACGAGCUGGCAGUGGAGGAUAUGGAUGGUGGCACAUUCACCAUCAGUAAUGGUGGAGUUUUCGGCUCACUCUUCGGCACACCCAUCAUCAACCCACCGCAGUCAGCUAUUUUGGGCAUGCAUGGUAUCUUUGACAGGCCAGUGGCUGUUGGUGGCAAGGUUGAGGUCAGGCCCAUGAUGUAUGUGGCUCUGACGUAUGACCAUCGUUUGAUCGAUGGCAGAGAGGCCGUCACCUUCCUACGCAAGAUCAAGUCUGUGGUUGAGGACCCCAGGGUGCUCCUCUUGGAUAUGUGAGAUGUCAUAAAGCGCACAUUAAUGGCUGACUUCCUCAGAUUCUCACAAAGUGGUUAUUUUCCCACAAAACAAUCCUUACGACAAUAUUUUACUGUGGUGGUUAAAUAGGGAAAGCAUUCUGAAUGUUCAUUUACUUGACAGUAGUAAGAAGUUAACAGUUAAAAUUUGCAUGGACUAGACAGAAGAAAGGGUGUACAGGUUGUACAGGUAUCUCAGCUGGCAUCUUCUUAGCAAGAAGGCUGUCCUGCCAUUCAUAAGUGCUUUUUUUUGCCAUUGUUUAACUUGAAAUAUGUAUGAUCAUUAUAAUACAUAUGCAGUUAUAUAUGUAUAAGUUGCUCAUAAUAUGUCUAAAUAUCGGGUUUCCAACUGGUAAAACAAGCACAGUAGUAGACAGUAUCUCAUGUUUCACAUUGUGUUUGUUUGUAGAGGUAGUAAUCAGUUGACCAGCAAACCAGAUAAACCGUUUUGUCACAUUCACAAUUUUUUUUUAAACACACACUCGUGUUUACAGUAUGGCCCUUAAAUAAUGCCUCGGUCAGAUCCGUCAAACUCACUGGGAACAGAUUCUGCCUAUGCUGUGUAAAGAAACAAAUAUUUAAGGAGGAAAAAGCUUUUAAACAAUAAAUGGAUAAAUUGUG